GGAAAAAUGGAACCAUGCGAAACUUGUUUUGAAAUCGAGAUUAUUUCAUCAUUUUUCACAUGGGCAAAGUUGACCGCGGUCCUUUCUUUCCUUUUUUGAAGAUAAAGCGUGGGAAUUGUGAACAGAUUGGAAGAAGUUCAAAUUGGCAGUAUGACAGAAGACACAAGUUCCCAAGCAGAGGGCAGUAAACUAUGGGGAGGGAGAUUCACUGGAGCUGUAGACCCUGUUAUGGAGUCUUUCAAUGCCUCCCUUUCUUAUGAUAAGAGGAUGUGGAAACAAGACAUACAGGGCAGCAUAGCCUAUGCGAAAGGCCUGAAAGGGGUAGAUGUUGUGACCGAAGAGGAGUGCCAAUUGAUCAUCGAUGGACUCAAGAAGGUGGAAGAGGAGUGGGCGCAGGGAAGAUUUGAAAUCAAACCAGGAGAUGAAGAUAUCCACACUGCUAACGAAAGACGUCUGAAGGAACAUAUUGGCUCAGUUGGCGGUAAACUACACACAGGACGCAGCAGGAAUGACCAGGUUGCAACCGAUGUUAGGCUUUGGUUAAGAAGUGAAAUCAAAGACUUGAAAGAAAUGCUGAAGAAGUUUAUUGGUACAUUUGCGUUUCGCGGUAGCCGGGAUAUUGAUAUUUUGAUGCCAGGCUACACCCAUUUGCAGCGAGCGCAGCCUAUUCGAUGGAGCCAUUGGCUAUUAAGUCAUGCAUGGGCCUUGAGAAGAGAUUAUGACCGACUGACAGAGACUGAGUCACGUGUCAAUGUGCUGCCUUUAGGAAGCGGAGCUCUGGCUGGAAACCCUUUUGGCGUGAACAGGCUGUUUUUGGCUAAAGAACUUGGAUUUCCAAAGGUGACUGAGAACAGCCUGGAUGGCACUAGUGACCGGGAUUUCAUAUCUGAGUUCCUCUUUUGGGCCUCGCAGACAAUGAUCCACCUAAGCAAAUGGGCAGAAGAUUUGAUUAUAUACAACUCAAAGGAGUUUGGUUUCGUAACUCUUUCUGAUGCAUACAGCACCGGCAGCAGCUUAAUGCCACAGAAAAAGAAUCCUGAUAGUUUGGAGCUUAUACGAGGAAAAUCUGGCAGGGUUUUUGGAAACUGUGCAGGUUUUCUCAUGACGUUGAAGGGUUUGCCAAGUACAUACAACAAGGAUCUUCAGGAAGACAAGGAGAAGCUGUUUGAUACCGUGGACACACUCAAGGGUGUGAUUGCUGUGGCAAAUGGGACACUUUCGACAUUAAAGGUCAAUAAAGAAGCUUGUCUCAAGGCGUUGAGUCCGGACAUGCUGGCAACAGAUAUUGCUUAUUACCUUGUGAGGAAAGGAGUACCAUUUAGGGAUGCGCAUUCUAUGUCAGGCUCUGUGGUCCGACUUGCUGAAGAAAAGCGGGUGCCUAUUUCUGAUUUGGAACUAGAGGAUCUCAAAUCAGUCCAUGCUUCUUUUGAUGCUGAUGUGAAACUUGUUUGGAACUAUGAGCACAGCACUGACCAGUACACAUCAAUUGGAGGCACUGGAAAGGAGGCUGUCCUUGCGCAAGUGAAACUGUUAGAGAAAUGGAUACACCCCUCCCAAUAGACUGAGAGACUUCGAAUUAAAUUAUUUUAUUGUCCCUUUUAGUUGAAGAGAUGUGGUGUUUCUACUUUCAAAUGUAACAAACUGUUUUAAUUUUCUUUUCAUAACAAACUUAUAAUUAUUGGUUUUGUUAUAUUUGCCCACAAGGAGUUCUUUAGUGGAUAAA